CUUCUGGCCAACAGGGUCGCAAAGUCCUGGGGGCAUUGGGUCAUCGCGAUGUGGUCACAGCACGUCAGCUAUUCUGGGUAAUUACCUUCUUCAUAGUAACAAUCGCAGUGAGCUUGAGCUUCAUCAUGCUUGAUUCGCCUUCCAGCACCUGCAGCUCCUCACUCUAGCUUCCCCUCCUUUUCCUCUUCUCCGAUAGCCUACCUAGAGACACUAUUCCAGACGGAACAAUAAACAUAUUCAUUGCGUCUCGGCCCACUUUACCAGUCCGACCAGUAUCUUCAUGGCCCCAACCUCCCCCUCGAAGAAUGCAAGUCCCCGGCCGACGAGACCACCUGCUAGACGAGAGUCGGAAAACUCGCUCACUGCCGGCGUAACUCUGCCCAAGAAGGCCCGUACAGUUGAGGAUGGAGCUACCCCGGCGGCCCUUGGGGUUCAGAGAAGGACCUCCGGGAACAGUUCCAAUGAGCCCGAGACUCCCGAUCUCUUUGAAAGCGCCGACGCCGAUGAUGCUCCUGAACCACCGCGCGCCUCUGUCGACCUCGACGACCUCCCCAUUGAGCUGAUAGGCCUGACGGAUAGCUUCAUCGACUCCCUGGCUGCCAAGGUUCAUUCCACUCCCCCGAAUAUUGAGAGCCUCUCCCGCCGCUUCCAAGAGUUCUACGAGCUUGCUGCCACUCAUAUCCAAACCCACACCAACACCCUCGCCACUCGGCAAAGGAGGGAGCGCUCGCCGCCGCAGUCGAGCUCUCCAAGGGCCUCUACCGCCAGCCUGCUGCGCGCAAAAGCCACGUCUCUUGGCAGCAAGGAGAAGCCCAAGGCCCAGCUACCCAGGAGGGAUUCGGAGCAACAGAUGCUAACGGCUGAGGAACUCGAGAGCCGUAAAAGAGCCAGGAGAGCUCUGGAACAAAAACGAGGCCUGCUGGAAGAAGCUGUGGAGCGCAGAUUAUGUGAGGGCAUUUACGAUCGCAUAUACCGCCAUCACACAACGCAGGACGAGGCCCAGGAUGACAAACUUCGGUCCAAGACUGCUGCCCUGGAUGUCGUUGGGAUCGGUCCCGCUGACCUCGGUGUGGACUUGGGCGAGUCUGCACCCACGGUGGAGGCAGUUGCUGAGCGGCAAGAGGAGGUUCGGAAAUGGCUCGAACCGGCGAGGAGAGAGCUAGUGCUCAUGAAUCAGUCGAGGUAUCCGCUUGGAAAGUUGAAUCGCUUAAAGGCAGCCCACAAGUGCAUCAUCGACACGCUUUCGCAUUUCCAUCCCUCCUCGUCGGCAGACGAACUGAUGCCGAUGCUCAUCUACACAUUGAUAACCCUACCACCCGAAAACCUUAACGCAAUCAGUGACCUACAUUUCAUCCAGAGAUUCAGGUGGGAACAAAAGCUUGUGGGAGAGGCAGCAUACUGCUUGACAAGUCUCGAGGCCACGAUCAGCUUCCUCGAGACUGUAGAUCUGUCAACCCUACGCGCGGACGAGGCUCCUUCCGGGCCCUCGAAAUCUCCCGGCGGAUCUGAGAUGCUGAAGGCAGAGACGUUCCCUCCUGCCUACUCUCCGGGGCUCUCCACCCCCGCUCAAAGCCUUCCCGAGACAGCUCUGAAGCCGAGUCCGUCCUCCACCGGCCUCCGUGCCGCGGUGCAGCUGCGUAACCGCCGGCUGAGCGACCUGGUGAACACACCUGCACAGGCACUUGGAGCUGCGAGUGAUGCCGUCUUCAACACUGCCGACCAGGGCUUGAAGACCAUCGGGAACAGCCUGGGAGAUAGCUACAAAUUCCUCCUUGGAAAGCUCCGUGAGUCUCCGGCGGGUCUUAGCCCUGGCGGGGAGGUUGUUAUUGUACCAAAGACCUUGGACGAUGCGAGGAAACUCAUCGGCACGCCGCCUCCAGAUGAUGGCUCCAUCAGUGGUACUAGUUCCAGCCACGUUCCGGAAGACGGCGAGAGCCAUCGUCAGACGUUGUCUCGGGAGGACAAAAUGCUGCAUCUCAUCGGCGGCCGAAAGACUUCUCGCGAUACCAGCGCCGAUAGUAGUCGGAGUGCGAGCAGCUCAUCAAAGAGAGUAAACUUUGCCGACGCGGCAAGGGAGAAGGCGAAUGCGGCGUCCUCGACGCCCGCCCCUCCCGGCUCAAACCCGGCACUUAUCGAUUCCAUGCGCAAUCUGGGGAACUCGUUCAACCCAAUGGCCAGGCUGACAGGCAUUGGCAGUUUCCGCGGGUUUGGUCGGACUACAUCGACGCCCGCUGCGCCGACAGUGAGGGAUAGUGCUCUGAAGGGGGUCGCUGAGGGCGGUGAUCUGGCUAAAGCAUUCCCGGACAUUGCCCCAGCCCUCCCGCCAAAGGAGCCGCCCAGGAUCAAUCCUCCCAUCAAGAGGUUUAUGGAGUUGCAGAAUCCUGCUGAUUUGAGGAUAGGUGAGGUGCUCGAGUUGUUAAGAGACUACAGGCGCUUGGCUGGUGCUUUGAAGGAAAUGGGCGGGUUCAAGGAAUAGACGGGCUGGGUAGACAUGUCGAUUCGUAAUUAUGCUAACAAGCAGUUGGUUCACUGCCGAGUAUCGCAGAUAAUGGCAUAGCUCCUGUAAAUAAGAUGGCACAUCAUACGCCAAGGGGCCAGGAUUCCGACAUGAGGAGACUACGUAUUUGACUGAUAUAGUAAAGCCAACUCAACGCUUUUGAGUCUUGGGCUGAGUGUUUUCUCUUCUUCCACUCCCUCUUUGCUCACGUUGACUCUUUAAACCCC